GCCCAGGCACCAGCCCACCAAGCUUGGGUGGAAUGCGGGAUGAACAGGAUAGGAUAACUGGGGUGCUGGUGAAUGGGAGGUUGCUCUAGGUCAUCUGAGGCUGAUCAGAGUUUUGGCUGUAGAUGGAAUUUAUUAGGUGACAGGGGAAUUGAUUAGAGGGCUUCCUCAGGGAUAGGGCAGGGGAAGAGCAGUCGGGGGAAUUGAGCAGGGCAUGGAAGGAAGGAGGAGGUGGAGUUUCUGAAGAGUCAAUGAGAAGUGAAAGAGUUAAAAAAUAAACAACUCUGGCACUUCCCAGCCUAUAUAAUAGACACUCCUUUAUGAAAAGAAUUACUGGUAACUGCUGCCCAGAAACAGUAUCAGAGCAAAGCUUUUGAUCUACAGGUGUGUGGGUUAUGUCAAAAUCAAGAUGAAUUUUAAAGUUCACAUCACUGUGCUCUUUUUUUGCUUCUCUGCUUUUGCCAAGGAAGGCACAGGAAGAUAUAAAGGACUAAAUAGAACUGGACAAUUACCAAGCUACCCGGUUUGUGUUCAUUACAUCCUCAAACCAAUGUGUAUUUUGUAUUAUCGCCCUGUCUGUGGCAGUGACGGGACAACCUACCGGAACAAGUGCGAGCUCUGCAGUUACUGCAGAGAACAUGACAAGAAUAUAAAGAUUGUAAAGGAAGGAGCAUGUUAAAGAUUGAGGAUAUCACCAUCUGUCUUGUCUUGCACGCCCUGGAAUCCCUAAGGCUUAUUAAUAUGUAAUCCUGCAGUGGUGCCAAGGGGCUGACUAGAUUUCCUCUUGAGGUUCCUACAUUCUCAUGGCUAUGUUAAUAUUGUACUAAUGCUAUAAUUUUAGUUUGUUUAAAAAAUAAAACGGUUGUUUAAAUCGUUAA